AUGAAAUCGUUGCAUAUUCACGAGUUUGCAGUGAGAUCGUAUCGACCGGAACGGCGAUGGUCACCAGCACCGUGUUGGCGUAGCGUGAUGAAUCUUGGAUUCAAUUUCGAUGUUGAUUAUAAUCAAGCCACUUCCAAACAUCUACCUCCAGUUCAUCAAAAUGCCGAGGUGACACCGGAUCCAGAUGACUUCACUCGCGAGGAGUUGCUCAAGCUCCUCUCGUAUUUGGAAGGGGAACUACAAGCUCGGGAUGAGGUCGUUACACGAUUACGAAAUGAACGUACCAAAUUCCUUUUAUACGAUGCCAAGUACGGGAAGCUUGGGAAUGAUCCCAUGUGCGCGCUACGCCGUGACUCGACGAUAACAGAAGAGGAACUGGACGAGUAUCAAAUAGGACAACUUUAUGAAUCGCAACUGGUUCAGCUUGAGAAACUUAUUGCCGUGCAACGUCGAAGUCAUAUGCGAGCAAAAAGUUUACUUGCCGCCGCCGAGAAACGCCACUACAAGGCAUUAAGGGAAUUAGAGCUCGAAAAAGAACGUAAAAGCCGUUACGCAGCUCAAGGGGACGAUGUGCUGGCUCUGCUUGAAAAAGAACGCGAGAAACUUACUCAACAGCUAGAGAUCCAAAUCAAUGAAGUGGCAGAGAGCAAAGCAGAAACCGAGAGAGUUGAGCGAAAACUGGAAGCGGAGAAAGAACGCCAUAAAACGAUGGUCUUGUUCCUGAUCAAUGAACGAAAGCAAAUGUUAUUGAAGAUGCAUGAAUUACGGGUCAAAUCAGAGUCACAUGCUCCGAAUAUGUCUGCCGGCGAUCAAGCCUUACUUGAAGAACUCAAGAAAGAAGUCGCUUUUUUACGACAAGAGCGUGAUUCGCUCAAAAACUCAAAUAAAUCGCUAAAAGCAGAAAAUCUUAGCCUCAAAGAGGUAGUAAAAGGACAAGAAGCAGAUUUAUUAAUGUUGCGAAAAAAUCUGAUCUCAUCAACAAAGCUAACCUUUGAUAAGCCUGGAACGCACCUUCCCCAAUUAGCUGACGAGCGUUCGCUGGUGGUAGCAAAUAGAAUGGCUACAUCGGCUGCUUCGUCUAGUAAUACCGGUACGGGCCCGACAAUGUCCGCAGGCACGUUGUCGUCUCGAACAAGAUUAGCGACUUCAAGCAGUUUUCCAGCGGAGAAAAGUCGCCUCCCACGAGCGCCUUCAUCUCCUGCUAGAGGCGUACCAUCUCCGAGGACACCAUCUUCUCCGACAAAGAAAACGCCUGCCAUGGGUUUGGGGACAACUCGGCGAAAUCAGCCUCCUCCUCGUUAUACUGAGCCGGAAAUACAAGAGUUGGAAGCUGCCAUAGAAUCCAUGACUGCAACCAAUGUGGCACCAGCAUCACCAACGAAACGUAGUAGUAGUUUACCCCGAGGAGGCGGUCUAGGAGAAGCGAGGAAGAUCGAACCACCACCAAUGUAUCGAACCGAACCGCCUCGAGUGCCUCCUCAGCCACAAAUGGGUGCGGCGAGCAGAUUAGUCCCACCUGCACGCGCAGACAAUGCAUAUCGAAAGUCGACGACGACAACGAAGAGAAAUGGCUUUUCAGCGUUGACAAAGGCAUUCGGAAAGUAGUGCAGAAUUGUUUUCUUUUUCUUCCUUUUUUUGUUUCUCACUUUUCCCAUUUUCCACGUUCGUAUCUUCCAUUUCUCGAUUGUGAUGUUGUGAUAUAUCAGAAUUUUAUGUCAUUUGUAUAGUUUGACCUGACUUGUCUUCAUAAGAAGAUAAUUAUCAUAAUAACAAUGUCGUUCGGUACUUUAGAUAAUUCUUGUAAAUGUUUUUAUAUGUUUUAUUAUAGGUUUUUGAUUACAGAAAUAUUUUGUAGUCUUCCUGCGCUCUAGCACCAUUUCUCGUGCAGCUGAAAUGUCAUGGCUCUUACGCAC